CAUGCGGAAGUUUCAUAGAGUCAGAUUCAGCUGGGGCAGCAAUUUCCUCUCCUCUGUAUCCUGCCAAAUAUCCAAACAAUCAGAACUGCAGCUGGAUUAUUCAGGCUCAGGAACCAUUCAACCACAUCACACUCUCAUUCACUGACUUUGAUAUUGAAAACAAUAGACAAAACUGUACAACAGAUUUUGUGGAGAUUUUGGAUGGGAAUAACAACAAGGCUCCUCUUCAAGGCCGUUACUGUGGCACUACUAUACCACAUCCUAUUACUUCUUUUGGUAAUGCCUUGGUGGUGAACUUCAUCUCUGACAACAACAACAUUACUGCCAGAGGCUUCCAUGCCACCUAUGCUGCAUCAUCAUCAUCCUGCGGGGGUACUUUCCACAUGGAGAGAGGAGCUUUCAACAGCCCUGGCUAUCCUGAGCAAUAUCCACUCAACACCGAGUGUGUCUGGACGAUUUUCAGCUCCCCUGGCAACCGGCUGCAGCUGUCCUUCAUAACAUUUCAGGUGGAAGACAGUAGCGGCUGCACCAAAGAUUACCUGGAGAUUCGUGAAGGGAAUGAUACAGGCACACUGGCAGAACGAUUCUGUGGGAACUCCUUGCCUUCAAAUUAUAUAUCUACUGUUGGACAUGUCUUGUGGGUCAAAUUUGUCUCAGACAGCUCAGACACUGAUGUUGGCUUCAGGGCCACAUUCUCUCACUUGUAUGGAAAUGACAUUGUGGGAAACAGAGGACAAAUAGCUUCACCACAGUGGCCCAGAAGUUACCCUCACAAUUCCAAUUACCAGUGGCGAAUAAGUGUUAGCGCUUCACAAGUUAUCCAUGGCCAUAUCCUGCAGAUGGAUAUUGAAAAUCAUCACAGAUGCCGUUAUGACAUGCUAAAGGUUUAUGAUGGGCCCACCAUUCAUUCUCGUCCUAUUGCAACAUACUGUGGUGCAGAUCCUGCUUCUUUUGCAUCCUCUGGCAGUUCGAUGACAAUCCAGUUCCUGUCCGAUCCGUCUGUGAAUGGAAAAGGCUUUCUUUUGGAGUGGUAUGCCGCGGAUGCUUCUGCUGUUACACACACCAUUGCUAUAGGUGCAUGCGGAGGGACUGGAACAGCUGAAGAAACACCUUCAGUCCUCUUCUCACCGGGCUGGCCCAUGAAUUACAAAAAUUUUGAUGACUGUGUGUGGCUUAUCAGAGCUCCUGGAUCCACUGUGGAGUUCAAUAUCCUGGCCUUAGACAUAGAAUCUCACAGCUCAUGCAACUAUGACAAACUUAUUAUCCAAGAUGGGGACACUAGUCUUUCUCCAGUGCUGGCUACUCUGUGUGGACAAGAACCUCCUGGGCCAAUCAGAUCAACUGGAGAGGCAAUGUUCAUCCACUUUAUGUCAGACGCAAGUGUCACUGGAGCUGGGUUUAACUCCUCUUAUCACAAAAGUUGCGGAGGUUAUUUACACACAGACAGGGGUGUGAUAACAUCCCCCAACUACCCUCAAGACUAUGCUCCUAAUCUGAAUUGUUCCUGGCAUGUAGUCGUAACCUCUGGAUUUAUCAUUGCUGUCCAUUUUGAACAGCCUUUCCAGGUUAAGAGCGAGGAUACUUCCUGCAACCAUGGAGAUUAUGUAGAGCUGAAGAAUGGGUUAGAUAAUGCUGCCCCACCUUUGGUGUCUGGAAGAGGGAGUGGACGGUUUUGUGGAAGCAGCCCCAUCUCUACCAUGUACACCACAGACAAUCAGCUGUUUGUCCACUUCAUUUCUGAUAACAGGAAUGAGGGUCAAGGAUUCAAACUGAAAUACGAGGCUAAGAGUCUAGCUUGUGGAGGGAAUAUUUAUAUAAAUGAUUUCAACCCCAGUGGAUAUACAUCUUCCCCCAACUAUCCAAGCAAUUAUCCCCCUCAUGCUGACUGUGUGUGGACCAUAACUGCUCCUAAUGGACAUGCAGUAGAGCUGCAAUUUGAAGAUCAGUUUUACAUUGAACCUUCACCAAACUGCACUUCCAGUUACCUAGAGCUACGCAAUGGUGCCGACUCCACUGCCCCCAUCAUUGCCAAGCUGUGUGGUGGUUUGACACCAGGCUCGCAGAGAUCCUCGGGAGCUGUUAUGUACCUGAGGUUCAGGUCUGAUAGCAGUGUGACACGCACGGGAUUCAAUGCUAAAUACUCCAUUGCUCCCUGUGGUGGGACAGUGAUAGGACAAACUGGCAUCAUUCAAAGCAUGGGGUAUCCUGAGCUUCACUAUCAAGACAACCUGCUGUGUGAAUGGUUUCUGCAGGGUCCCAGGGGCCACUAUCUUACCAUCAGACUAGAAGGCCUAGAUAUUCAAAACUCCUCCGAGUGCACGAAUGACUUUGUGGAGAUCCGAGAAUACAACGCUUCUGGAAAUUUAUUGGGCAGGUACUGUGGCAAUACUCUCCCUGAUGCUGUGGACACCUCUGACAGUUUUGCUUACGUCAAGUUUGUCACUGAUAGAUCAGUAAAUGCCCGAGGAUUCAGACUGCGCUUUGAUUCCAGUACUGAAGAAUGUGGUGGGGAUUUGACUGCCCCUGUUGGAACAUUUACUUCACCCAACUAUCCCAACCUAUACCCACAUAAUCGAGUGUGUGAAUGGAGGAUCACAGUGGAAGAAGGCCGACGUGUGACUCUAACCUUUAAUGAUAUGAAAACUGAAGAACACUGGAGGUGCUCAUCAGAUUAUGUGGCUGUUUACAAUGGCCUCAGACCGAACUCUCCUCGGCUAGCCAAGCUGUGUGGUGAGGUAAAUCCAGGCACUGAAGUGAAAUCAUCUGGAAACACAAUGAAAGUCAUUUUGGUGACAGAUAUGUCCCGUGCAACCAGAGGUUUCAGUGUCUCAUACACAUCUAGUGAAGAUGCAGUUUGUGGUGGAACCCUGAUGACACAUGCAGGUGGGAAUUUCUCUUCUCCUGCUUAUGAUGGCAUAAAAAAUUACACAAGUAACCUGAACUGUGAGUGGACCAUUGAAAACCCCUCCCACUUUAAUUCAUCCAUAUAUAUGUCUUUUGAGGAUUUCCACUUGGAACAUCACCAGGACUGCCAGUACGACUACCUAGAGUUACAAAUAGGGGAUGCUGAUGGAGAGCUGAUAGCUAGACUUUGUGGUCAGGCUGCACCAUCUGUGCCACUAGUCAUAGCUGCUCCCAAGAUCUGGGUACACUUUGUAAGUGAUGAAAACACAGAAGAUAAAGGAUUCUUGGCCCAUUACACAUUUGAAGCCUGUGGUGGUAUACAGACAGGUGAAAGUGGAGUUAUCUCAAGUCCUAACUACCCAGAGCCUUAUAGCAACCUGAAUCACUGCUCCUGGUUGUUGGAAGCCCCUGAAGGUGAAACCAUCACUCUUACUUUUACAGCCUUCCAUGUUGAAAAUCAUUCGCUUUGUAAGUGGGACUCUGUUACUGUCCUGAAUGGUGGCUCUCCUGGGUCUCCUGUCAUAGGAAGGUAUUGUGGAAACACAUCCCCUGGGACUAUUCAGUCUGGUUCCAACAAGCUAGUUGUCAUCUUUAACUCUGAUCACUCAAUUCGAGGAGGUGGCUUUUACGCAACGUGGACAGCAGAAUCUCUAGGAUGUGGUGGAACCAUUCAUUCAGAUAAUGGUGUGAUCAAGUCUCCUCAUUGGCCUCAAAACUUUCCCAUGAACACCAGAUGCACAUGGACCAUCAUUACACAUGAAAGCCAACAUUUGGAGAUGAACUUCCACAACAACUUCCAAAUUCCCGAUAGCAAUGGAAGCUGCCAGAGCAGUUAUGUGAAGGUGUGGAGAGGAAAUAAUGAAGAAGCAGCAGCUUUGUUAACCACAGGAUGUGGAAGUUCAGCUCCUGAUCCUGUUGUUGCUCCAGACAAUGUGGUAACUACAGUAUUUCAGUCUAAGGAUACUCCUGGGCCAGGUUUCUCUGCAUCUUUCAUAAGCAGAUGCGGGGUAAAUUUCACCAGCCGUGAAGGUCGUAUCAUCUCUCCUAACUAUCCUAGCCGGUAUGAUAACAACUUGAACUGCAGUUAUAUCAUAGAUCAAGGACUACAGUCACUGGUGAUCCUAGAGUUUGAGACUUUUCACUUGGAAGCCCCAGCACUCUUGAGCAGAAUUUGUCUUUAUGAUGGAGUGAGCAUCUUCAGUGGCACGAGGGUUACCCCACAUCCUCUCGUCACGCUCUGUGGUAAUGAGCUCCCUGCCCCAAUCAGUGUCUUUGGACCUAUGCUGCUCAACUUCUACACUGACUCCCACAUUACAGGCUUUGGAUUCCAGGCAAGAUACAGAGCAAUUGCUUGUGGUGGCAUUUUCAAUGGCUCUGUUGGUGUUAUCAGCAGUCCGGCCCAUUCAGUUCUUGAUUAUCACAACAACAUGAACUGUUCAUACUACAUCACAGUUGGAAAUGGCAAAGUAGUGUACCUCAAAUUCAACAACUUCCAGCUCGAAAUAUCUCCCUCCUGCUACAAAGAUUACGUAGCUGUAUAUGACGGCUCAGACACUCAUGCUCCUCUCCUCGGGAAAUUCUGCGGCUCAGAACUGCCUCCGAAUAUUAAGAGCUCCAGUAAUAACUUGUUCCUGGUGUUUAACACUGACUUCUUUGGAGCAGACAGGGGAUGGAAAGCAUCAUUCAGGGAGACCUUAGGACCUCAGAAUGGCUGUGGUGGUUACUUGACAAAUUCAGCCUAUAGCUUUGGCUCUCCUGUCUCCAAUGUGAGCAGAAGAUAUGAGAAAAAUCUGGACUGUGUAUGGAUCAUAACUGCACCUGCAAACAAACUGAUCAACCUCACCUUCAACUCAUUUGUGCUUGAAGCACAGUUUGCUCGGACUUGCCGAUAUGAUUAUGUCAAACUUUAUGAUGGAGAUAAUGAAAAUGCCAAUUUAGUUGGCACAUACUGUGGAUCUACGGUGCCAGCUCCUUUUCUUUCUACCCAUAAUUCCUUGACGGUUAAAUUUGUCACAGACAAUUCUGUGGAAAGGGAGGGUUUCAAUGUGACGUAUGCCACAGUGGAUCGACUGUGUGGAGGAAUGUAUAAUGCAACCUCUACAUCCCUGACUGCAACAUCUCCUAACUUCCCGAAUGAAUAUCCACCAUUUACUCUCUGCACUUGGGUCAUUGAUGCCCCUCCGCAGCAGCAAGUCAGAGUGGUGGUAGAGGCCUUCCACCUCCAUUCUGUCCAGGACUGCUCUCAAAACUACCUAGAGCUCCAGGACUCACCAACACACAACCAAGGAUUAGUCCAUAGAUUCUGCGGCACUGAAACUUUUCCAGUCCCUGAAUUCUAUUCUUAUGAUCGCACUGCCAUUGUGACUUUCAAAUCAGAUGAAUACAUGAUUAAUAAUGGAGUCAGAUUUACAUAUCAAGCCACAGGUUGCAGCAGAGAGUAUAAACAGCCUUUUGGUUACCUGAAGAGCCCCGGCUGGCCUGGUCGUCACCCCAAUAAUAUGGACUGUUCUAUCAUUCUACGGGCUCCCCUGAACCACACUAUUUCUCUCUUUUUCCAUGCUUUCAGUUUGGAGGACAGCAUCCAGUGUUCACGUGAUUUCCUAGAGGUCAGAAAUGGGAGUGAUGUGCAAUCACCACUACUUGGCAGGUUCUGUGGAAACACUGUGCCCAGUCCCAUCUUCCCCCAAAAUCAUGUUGUGUUCCUUCAUUUCAAGAGUGAUUUUUCAGGGGCUCGUGAUGGAUAUGAAAUUACUUGGACUUCAUCAACGAGUGGAUGUGGAGGAACAUUAUACGGCAGCACCGGCUCAUUUGCCAGUCCCAGCUACCCUGCAACUUACCACAACAACACUGACUGUGAGUGGGCCAUAACUGUGCCCAAGGGAGGAAUUGUCACAGUGAACUUUGAUUUCAUCAGCAUUGAUGACCCAGGGGAUUGCAGUAGCAACUAUCUGAUCCUUUACAAUGGGCCAGAUGCCAGCUAUCCCCCAGCCGGGCCGUACUGUGGGAUGGAUACAAACAUCUCUCCAUUUACUGCUACAUCUCAUCAAGUCUAUAUAAAAUUUCAUGCUGAAUAUGUGACUUUACCAUCAGGAUUCCAAUUAAGCUGGACAAGCUAGAACACUGUUUAUGAGAAAUAUAUUACUGUUCCUUGCUCUACUGAAGAGACUGUAGAUCAUAAACUAAGUUUGAA